GCGGAGGUUAGAGGCGCAGCUAUGGCUGAUGUGGAAGAAACUCUGAAACGGAUCCAGGGCCAGAAGGGAGUGCAGGGGAUCAUUAUUGUGAACUCUGAAGGCAUUCCAAUUAAGAGCACGAUGGAUAAUCAGACCACAGUGCAGUAUGCGAGCCUCAUGCACCAGCUUGUGAUGAAAGCGCGGGGCUCAGUCCGGGAUAUAGACUGUCAGAAUGAUUUAACCUUCCUCCGAAUCAGAUCUAAGAAAAAUGAAAUUAUGAUUGCACCAGAUAAAGACUAUUUCCUUAUUGUGAUUCAGCAGCCGACUGAAUAAACCCAAUUCCAGCACGUUUUCCCUAUUUAACGCAAGUCCAUUGGCGGCGAGGUUUCCUGGGCCGCCCCAUCAUCCAAGAUGAAAAGUAUUCCUUGGUUAUAUGUGCUAAUCCAGCCUUGUACAAUUGUUUUAUUACUUUCCCAUGUACACUAUGAACUGAACCCCUUAUUCAUUUGUUAUUAAACUCCCUUCAAAUAACUGCGAUGAUAUUCUCUUCUGUCUUUGUUGGAGCCCCCCAUGCUGAGAGUGGGCAGAGGGUUACUGGCCCGCGUGCUACCCAAGAGCUUGUAUUUUGCUAAAACUAUGAGUUGUAUUUAGAAAAGAAGAGUUGUUUAGGGGAAAAAAGGUUAAGUUACAUUUUGGAAAAAGUAUCCAAUCAGAGGAAAGUAUAAUCACAUGGUUAAGGCUACUUUCUUUCUUACAAAGCUGACAGAGACUGUAGCUAUCUAUAAUGGAGCAUUCCCCCAGCAGUUUUACAUUUUACUGUACCUGCAGCCCUAUACCAGUAAUGAUCCAGGCCUUUGAAGUUGGCCGUCUCUUGAGUGUCAGUGGCACUGCACAUGCUCAGUUGGCUCUGGGCUGCUUAGGGGUCACCAAAAAUCGUCAAGCAGAAUAUGAUGUUCAUAUUAUAUAAAGCUGAUGCUACUGGGCUGCUUAUUACAUUUAUGAUACAGAAUGCACUGAUUACUGAGCUGCCGUGUAAUGUGGUUUAUCUCAAUAAAUUAACUAGUUAUCUGUG